GUACAGACCAAGUACUGGUACUUAUUGCUCUGGUUUUCCGGGGCCUUUUGUGUGUGUGUGAAAGUCAAGAGCGGUUGUUGCGUCGUAAGUUGCAACGCAAAGAUUUCACAUUGACCUCACUUCCAGAAAGAUGUCACAGCUUAAGUUCUGUUCCCGACGAUCCCCCGUGGUUUGCUGUAAUGCCUGUGUUGCGUCAAGCCAGUCUCUUGCCACGAAUAUUGGCCUUGAUAUUUUAAAGAUGGGUGGCAAUGCUGUAGACGCUGCUGUGGCUGUCGCCGCCGCUUUAAAUGUUACAGAACCUUUCAGUACAGGGCUGGGUGGAGAUUGUUUCUGCCUGUACUAUGAUGCAAGGACAAAGCAGGUGCGUGGUCUCAAUGGAAGUGGACGGUCUCCACAAUCCCUCACCCUGGAGCUGCUAAAAGAAGAUGGCUUUGAUGAAGCGAAUCCUUUGCCUUUACGACAUGCAUGUAACAUCACAGUCCCUGGUGCUGCUGCUGCAUGGUGUGAUGCUGUCACGUUGUAUGGAAGCAAACAGCUUUCCAUGGGGCAAAUUUUGCAACCAGCAAUAGAAAUGGCUGAGAAGGGCUUCCCAGUGUCUGAAAUUACUUCUUACCAGUGGAAGCAAGAUACUUAUGUCCUUCAGUCACCUGGAAAUCAACAUGGAAAGGACCUCUUGAUCAAUGGUGAAGCACCAGAACAUGGCCAAGUCUUCCAAAAUCCUCUUUUGGCUAACACUUUUAAGGAGUUAGCAAAAUCUGGCAAAAGAGGCUUUUAUGAAGGCCAUGUGGCUAAAGCAAUCGUGGACGUUAUUCAGAAUAAUGGUGGAGUAAUGGAUUUAGGAGACCUGAAAAGUCAUGUCACUGAAGAAGUUGAGCCUAUUGUCACAAAUUACAAGGGCAUGAAUAUUUGGGAAAUUCCUCCAAAUGGACAAGGAAUCACAACUUUAUUAGCCCUGAAUAUUUUAGAAAAUUACAAUAUGAAAGAUCUGGACCAUAAUUCUACUCGUUAUUUGCACAUUUUAAUUGAAGCAUUCAAGCUGAGCUUUGCUGAUAGUUUUUGGUUUUGUGCUGAUCCAGAAAAAGAAACAAUACCUAUACCACAGCUCCUUUCUAAAUCUUACGCCAGAGACCGUUCAAAGUUAAUCAAUUUACAUAGAGCAACUGCCCAAUAUAGUCAUGGAAAUCCUUCCUCGGUGGGCAAUGACACCGUUUAUUUUAGCGUGGUGGAUGCUGAAGGCAAUGCCUGCUCUUUUAUUAGCAGCCUGUACAAAGGAUUUGGUGCAGGGCUGGUGCCAGAUGGCUGUGGAUUUACCUUGCAAAACAGAGGAGCCAAUUUUUCACUACAGCAUGAUCAUCCAAACUGCCUGGGCCCUCGGAAGCGGCCCUAUCAUACAAUUAUACCAGCUCUGGCCACUGCAGCUGAUACAGGAGAACUUUUGUGCUGCUUUGGAGUUAUGGGAGGAUUCAUGCAACCUCAAGCUCAGGUUCAAGUACUACUGAAUAUGUUUGAAUUUGGAAAGAAUCCACAAGAGGCUUUGGAUGCAUCUCGUUUUUAUUUGGAAUAUAGCAAAAAAGCUUACUCAGAACCAACCUGGACAAAGAUUACAAAGGCUCAGCAUUCCUCUAGCCUUCCUCAUCCGCUUGACUGAAACAUAAGGUGUGAAAGUGAACAGGAAGGAAGGUCAUAAACGUGCACUGCAGUAGUUAAAUGUGCUCCGAUCAGGGUUAUCCCACCUGGCCAUGAAACUCACUGGGUAAUUUUGGAUCUGUAAUUCUCUCUCAACCUAGCCCACUUUGCAGGUUUGUUCUCACAAAGAUAAAAUUAGCAGAGACUGCCUUUCUGCCCCUAGCCCCACCCUGUAUAUAUCCCCAAGGAUCUUGGCCAUUUUACCAAGAUUUAGCAUAGUGUGCUAUGCAUACACUUCUGCAUAGUGUGUACAGAAAGAAAAUGAGAAAAUGAGAUAAAUAAAAUAAAAUAAAAUCUGUUUUUUAAAGCUGCAUAAAUUCACUACAAUUGUGUGGCUAGUGUCACAACCAAAAUGAUUUAAAAGAAGUGUGUGUGUUUGUGUGUGUGUGUGUGUGUGUGUGUAUGCAUGUAUAAAUGUAUGUGUCCCUGCAGUUAGGUUGGCACGAUUUUCAAAAAUAGUUUGCCAUUGCCUUCUUCUUAGGGCUGAGAAAGAGUAACUGGACCAGUUGGCUUUGUGCCUAAGGUAGGACGAGAAUUCAUGGUAUCCUGUUUUUUUUUUAGCCUGGUGCCUAAAUCAUUACACUGAACCAGGUCUCAGAAUUGAAUAUAUAUUCCAGUUUAAUCAAUUAAAUGCAGUGAAUAUUAUUUUAGUGUAUUUCAUCAUGUUUUCCUGAUGUCGCAUUAAUCAUUGCAAUUCAGCAUUAUGGAGGCUACAUCCAAUAUAUUAAAAAAAAGUCUGGUUGUAGGACCACAGAUUGUAUAUAUAAUUGCCAAUUAACAUUAUAUAAAGAAGCUACAUAGAAAGAGGGCUCCUGCCCACCUACCAGUUCAAAUGCAUGCAAAUGCAAGUAGAUUAAUAGGUACCACUUUGAUGGGAAGUGUUCUGUGCUCCUUUGGCGUAUAGCCAUUCUGGGCACAUGACCAAGGAAAAUGCCUUCAGACAACGCUGGCUCCUCUGGGCCAAGAAACAAACAUGAGCACUGCCCCCUUGAAUCAGACAUGACUGGACAGGGAAACUUUUAUCGUGUGCCUCCAGAAGGGAUACCUUGUUUUCUUCUCUCAGUUAUAAAGAGGAUGCAGAUUAUGUAGGAUGAUUGCUUCUUAACUACAGAGUUAUAGCUGUCAUUCAAUAAUUUUAAAAGAGUUGCUUUAAAAAUGUUCCUAUUCAGACUCCCUUUCCUAUUCCUCUGACGAUGGGUGAGAAUAUUUUAUUUUCCUUUUGUGGGAUCAUGCUUAAGUGCCGAAAAAAAUAUUUUAGCUGGUACUUGUAAAACAAUUGGACAUUUGUUCAGUAUUGCAAAACUGCAAAUAAAAUCUUGAAUGCUGUUCUUUCAAUCAUUAGAUGCGUGGCAGGUGUUCUUGGAAGAUGGCAUUCCUCAAAACAUAACAGAUGAUUUGAGAGCCAUGGGCCAUAAUAUCAUGGAACCUGUACUUGGCUAUGCCAGGAGUAUGUUUGGACGUGGUCAAAUUAUCACCAAAGGAGAA